AUGCCCCAUAGCCAAAAGCCGACCUCCAGCUUUGGCUCUGUGGACUGGCUCUCUCAGAGCAGCCACGCAGGGCCCUUGCACACCUCCAGACCAACUGAGGUCUCCUGGGGGAGCCUCUCUGCCCCGGCCAGGGUGCCCAACAAUGGGGAACCCCCUCAAACCGUGGGCAUGGAGGAGGUGAAGUCCUCAGCUGUGUCUGCUCCAGGGACGUCCACGACUGGGUCCAGCAAGGAGACGGACAGCACUCGGCCUCCCCGCGCCCGCACCGCCUUCACCGGGGAGCAGGUCAGCACCUUGGAGAGCUCGUUCCAGCACCACAGAUACCUGGGCCCCCUGGAGCGCCGGAGGCUCGCCCAGAAGAUGGGGCUUUCGGAGGUGCAGAUAAAAACCUGGUUUCAAAAUCGCCGAAUGAAACACAAACGCCAACUGCAGGACUCACAGCUGAACAUCCCCUUCUCUGGAGCUGUCUACACGCCCCUGGUUUUCUGCCCACCACCCUCUGCCCUGGGCAGCCACCUACAGCUGCUGCACCCUUGGGCAUCCCUGCUUGGGCCCUUGGCACUAGCACAGCCCCCUGGAUACUUCUGGGGCCCUUGCCAUGUGGAACAAGCCUCGCUGGCCUCAACGUGGGCCUCUAGCAGCAGACGGCCUCUGAUGUGCUGCCUCCCAGAUCCUGGGAACCAGGCACACAUGCUGGGCCCAGCCUUGUCCAGGGGAACCUGGGGCCUGUGUGUUCUGCCGGAGACUGGCGAUGCCUUUUGA